AUGGCACGUCGCAAAGCAAAGGUGCCUUCCAAGGCAAAGAAAAUGGGUAAAAAGGCCUCAUAUGGAGACUUAGAUGCGGAUCAGUUGGGGCUACGCUACAAAUCACCACCACCGUUGGAUGUAUCCUCCCCUGAAAUCGAUUUAGGAAACGGCUGGAAGAUACCCAAAAAAAGAAAGAAAGAUCAUAACCCGGAUGAUGGGGACGAGAAAACCAUUACGGAGCCAGAUGACAAGAUAAUGGUGAAUCCGAAGGAGUAUGUCAACAGGUUGGAGAACAAAGUCGAAGAGCAAAAUGGACUUCUAGAAAGCAUGGAGAGACAAAUCCAGGAUCUCCUGCACAACAAUUAUAAUACUCUCGUCGACACCUGGUUUUUAAAGGAAGCUAGUCCACCCGAAGUCCCUUCGAGUGCAUGGCCAGACAGGCUAGGCCACAAGAUACAAACGUUCGACAACUGGGCAUUCAGUAGUGCUAUCGUGGGCAUUGAUAAGUGGAAGGAUGUUCCCAGUGAAACGAAAAAGGUGACCAUCGCCAGACUCAAGGGAUGGGUUGUUCCGGGAGACUUCGAUGAGAUCGUAUCGCGAAUGCCUCCUAACUUUCGGACGAGGGCCCUGAUGCACUUUGUUCGAAUGCUAAUGCUCAAAGAAUGCCUCGAACUGUUCUUCGAAAAUGGCGCAUUCUGGUACAUGAAAGGGGCCACUGGGGAUGAUUGCGACGAGACUGGUACAUGGGCCCCUUCCUCGCUCCCCGGAAUAUAUGAUAUGUUCCGCAAAGUGGAUGGCAAAAUGGCUGCCCAUUGGAAAGGUGUGACAACACGGCUUUUAAACGUGAAGUGGGAGGGAGAGUUCGGCUAUCGGGACCCUACACCCGUGAAAGAGAUCGUGAAUAUUCGAGCCGCAAAGGCCAGACAGUUUGCUCAAGCGAGAUUGGCGGACAAGCACUUCACGAAUUUACUUAGAGGAGACCUGCAAGACGAAUUGAAAGAGUCGUUCUGUCGAGACUGGGAGAGCAUGGCUCAUCUAUCGAUGGAGAUGUCAAAGACGGCAGCGACUCUUUCAUGGCGAACCCUGGAAGAUGGCCCAACCAUUCAUGAAACGGCCAUUCCACCUCAAUUCUAUCGUCGGUCUCUGGACGUCGAAGGUGCACAUUCGCAUAAGCUAUGUAAUAACGGCUCAAGACUCGAUAAACGCCCUAUAAUUGCGAUUCUUAGUCCGGCCUUCGGACAAUUUGGAGGAAUACGCUCAGCAAGAGAAGUCUAUACGAUUAAAAAAGCAGAAGCUAUCAUCGAUGACCCUCUAGGAAUGCCUGGAGAUUGGGGCUCCGAUGAUGAAGAGGCUGAGGCAGCAUGGCAAAAGAGUCUACCAGGACAUAGGAGGAAUAAGAAGAGAAACACGAUGACGACUUAG